CCCGCCGCCGCCGGGAGCUGCCCCUUUAAGCCCCACCGAGACCUCCUGCUGCUAUCCCCGAGCACAGCUCCCAAGGACGGGGACAGACGUCCGGGCGGGGGACGUACCGCUUGCACUGGGCGCCUGGACGCAGCGAGAGGCCAGGUGGACGGACAGACAGACGCGAGGACGAAGGGGGUGACAGGGAGGCAGACGAGCUGCAGCGAGGAGCCACAGUUUUCUCGCCCAGGGAGCCCCGGGCCGCGGGGGCGACCAAAGGGGACAGGCGCGCGGUGUCGCUGCCGCCGCUGAGCAUCCUGCUACCUGCGCGCUGUCUUGCCUCCUCGGCCGCUGCCAACUUCCCUCAGCCGAGGCACGCGGGGUGGCUGGAAGGGGCCGAGGACGCGCCUGUCCCCUCCCGCGCGCCUCAUGGCCACCGUCGAGGCAAAGGAGCGGGCCACGUUCGGAGCUUGGGACUACGGGGUCUUCGCCCUUAUGCUGCUGGUGUCCACCGGCAUCGGGCUGUGGGUCGGGGUAGCGCGAGGCGGGCAGCGCAGCGCCGAGGACUUCUUCACCGGGGGUCGGCGCCUGUCCGCCCUGCCGGUGGGCCUCUCGCUGGCCGCCAGCUUCAUGUCGGCGGUGCAGGUGCUGGGGGUGCCCGCCGAGGCCUACCGCUAUGGCCUCAAGUUCCUCUGGAUGUGCCUGGGACAGCUGCUCAACUCUCUGCUCACUGCCCUGCUCUUCCUGCCGAUCUUCUACCGCCUGGGCCUCACCAGCACCUACGAGUACCUGGAGAUGCGCUUCAGCCGCGCUGUGCGGCUCUGCGGGACUCUGCAGUACCUGGUGGCUACAAUGCUGUACACCGGCAUAGUGAUCUACGCCCCCGCGCUCAUCCUGAACCAAGUGACAGGGCUGGACAUCUGGGCGUCGCUCCUGUCUACCGGAGUCAUCUGCACCUUCUACACUACCGUGGGCGGCAUGAAGGCUGUGAUCUGGACCGACGUGUUUCAGGUCUUGGUGAUGCUGAGUGGUUUCUGGGUUGUCCUGGCUCGUGGAACUGUGCUCGUGGGUGGACCUGGGCAAGUACUCGAGCUUGCCAAGAACCACUCCCGGAUCAACCUGAUGGACUUUGACCUGGACCCGAGGAGCCGCUACACGUUCUGGACUUUUGUGGUGGGUGGCACGUUGGUGUGGCUCUCGAUGUACGGGGUGAACCAGGCUCAGGUGCAGCGCUACGUGGCCUGUCGCACGGAGAAGCAAGCCAAGCUGGCCGUGCUCAUCAACCAGCUGGGCCUGUUCCUGAUCGUGUCCAGCGCUGCCGCCUGCGGCGUCGUCAUGUUCACGUUCUACCUUGACUGUGACCCUCUCCUGGCGGGGCGCAUCUCUGCCCCAGACCAGUACAUGCCCCUGCUGGUGCUGGACAUCUUUGAGGACCUGCCUGGAGUCCCUGGGCUCUUUCUGGCCUGUGCCUACAGUGGCACCCUCAGCACUGCGUCCACCAGCAUCAACGCCAUGGCUGCUGUCACUGUGGAGGACCUCAUCAAACCUCGGCUGCCGAGCCUGGCCCCUCGGAGACUGGUCAUCAUCUCCAAGGGGCUCUCGCUCAUCUACGGCUCAGCUUGUCUCACUGUGGCGGCUCUGUCGUCCCUGCUGGGGGGCGGUGUCCUCCAGGGCUCCUUCACCGUCAUGGGAGUCAUCAGCGGCCCUCUCCUCGGAGCCUUCAUCCUGGGGAUGUUCGUCCCCACCUGCAAUACACCGGGCGUCCUGUCCGGGCUGGCGGUGGGCUUGGCGCUGUCGCUGUGGGUGGCCGUGGGCGCCACUCUGUACCCGCCUAGCGCGCAGUCCAUGGGGGUCCUUCCGUCGUCAGCGUCCGGCUGUGCUGUGCCCUCAGCCAACGCCUCUGGUCUCCUGGACCCUCUUCUCACUGCCAACGCCUCCAGCAGGGUCUCCAGCUUGGAAAUGGACCCUGAUCAGCAAACCUUAGCUGACAACUUCUAUGCCAUUUCCUAUCUCUAUUACGGUGCCUUGGGUACACUGUGCACUGUGCUAUGUGGAGCCCUUGUCAGCUGCCUGACGGGCCCCACCAAGCGCAGUGCCCUGGGUCCUGGUCUGCUCUGGUGGGACCUCAUGCGGCAGACAGCAUCAGUGGCCCCCAAGGAAGAGGUGGCCUCCCUGGAUGAUGGUUUGAUGAAGGGUGCUGAGGAGUUGCCCCCUGGAGCCAAGAGGCCUUCUGACUUUCUGCCCACUGAUGAGGACCAUCUGCUUUACCUGGGUCAGAAGGAGGUGAAUGGAGCUGGUUCCAGGACACCAGGCAGUGAACACAACAAAGGUCUUGACCUGCAGGAGACAGACCUCUGAAGCAGUUGAGGACAGACCACCUGGGAUGGGACCUCAGGGAGGUCCCAUGGGCCAAUGGCCUUGGGCUCUGAUUGGUUAGGUCACAUUGUAUGCAAAUAAACUUGGGGCUGCACAACCCCACCCUAUGGGAAGAGGUGAAGCCCCACCUCCAAAAGAUCGUCUGAUCCUGCUUCCUGCUUCCAGCCAGCCCCGAGUCUUAGAUGCUAUACCCCUGCCCAUUCUCCCAAAACAGCCAGAGUUUUCCCUACCUAUAAAAGAAAGAGGUUGGAGUCCCCUCUGGACAACAUAGGAACACCCCAGGCCCAACACUGGGGUCUGAGAAAGACCCCAGGUCUUCCCAGGGAGAUAUCUGAACCUUAGCAAUGAUUUUGGAGGUCCUCAGGCCCAAAUUCCUGUAACCCACUUCACAGAAAACACAGUUGAGGCCUGCAAAUGGCCACUGACUCAACCAAGGUCACAGAACAAAACACAGACUCAUUGAGAGCUGGAGAUCAACUCUCCCUCCUUCAUCUCCUCCUUGUUUUCCUCCCUUUGGCCUCUAAUCUUGGGAGCAGAAAGACAGGAGAAAGGAGAAAUAAGGUUGUCAGCCUUCCUCCUGUGCCUGGACACUUUUACCCAUCUCAUCCAUUAAGGACCAUGGACCAACUUUACAGAGGAAGAAACUGAGUCUCAGCAAGUCCAGUCAGGGAAGGGAUGGGCCUGGGUGCUGCAUGAUACCGAGGCUCCAUUGAUGACAUGUCACUGGUGUACAGAGUAAGAUGGGCCAGGUGAGCUCACGUACCAAGACACAUCUGACCGUCUGACCCUUGGUUGGACUCUUUGUCCACACACAUCAAAUAAAUGGACGCUUGAUGUUCUGUCCUCUCUGAAAAAUCAUUCUGGCUGUUACCUUAAAUCUCACAGUCAGAUCUGAGUACAAAUCUCUGUAUCUGUUGCCCCGAGCCUGCAAAGAAUAAACCUGAGUAUUUCAAGCAUCAGAGCAAGGUGAUCACUCCUGUACCAGGGUGCAUUAUACUGUCCUUCCAGACACAUAGCUCCCUCUGCCCUCCUCACUCACUCCUGAAGCCUCCCCUCCUCACUGCCCUUUUCACCCCAGCCAUGCAUCAGCCUCUAGGGUUUCUGAGAGCUGUCUGUACACACCUCUAUCCAUGCAUCUGACAUGGUUCCCAUAGCCUCCAGGGAACUAUGCUUUGCUCACUUAGAAGUUGGGGCCCCUGUACCAGGUUCAAUAUGGUACCCUCAAAAUUCAUGUCUACCUGGAAACUCAGAAUGUAAACUCCAUCGAAAAUAGGGUCUUGGCAGGUAUCCUUAAUCGAAUUAAGACAAGGUCAUACUGGAUUGGGAUGGGCCCUGAAUCCAAUGACUGUGUCCUUAUUAGAAGAGGAGAAAAGACAGACACACAAGGAGAAAAUCAUGAGGACACAGAGGCAGAGAUUAAUGUGUCUACAAGCCAAAGGAUGCCAAGGAUUGCUGGAGCCACCAGAAGCUGGGAGAAGGGUACAGGAGGGAUUCUCUCUUAGAGCCUUCAGAAGAAGCAUGGCCCUGCCAACAUCUUGAUUUCACACUUCAGGCUUCCGGGACUGCUUAAAAAGAAAAAAAAAAAAGUUUCUAUUUUUUUAAGUUGUGGCAGCCUAAGGAAAUGAAUACAUCCUUCCUGAUCGCUCAGAGGCCUGAAACUCUCUGCAGGCUGUUUUGGACUUCAAAGUGACCAUUACAAAUUUUGAAUCCAUGACUGAAUAAAGCGGGACAGACUUUGGGCUCAGUGAUGGUCCCUCCUCAAAGCAGAGCCUAGAUCUGGGGAGAGGCAGUGGUUGGAGCUAAGGCUGCCUAGUGCAGGCAGAACAGGCUGAUCUGGCUCCCGAUUUAGACAUCCAGCCAUGUUGUCCUGGGUAUCAGUAGUUCAUCUCUUGGUAUUGCCGAAAAAUACUCCACUGUAUGGAUGGACCACAGCUUGUUCAUUCAUUCACUUACAUUGGUAUCACUGCCAGCUUUUGGCUAUCACAAAUAAAGUUGCUGCUAAGAA